GACUCCGGCUAUGAGCCUUGUUGAUCCUGCAUGGACCACUGGUAGCGAUUUUGGUUUACCACCUUCCAAGCGUGGUUUGAUCACGACUGGUGGGACAAUUGAACAAGCACGCACAUGGGCGAGCGAGCAAUGGGCGACAAGCCGCCUGGCCACAGCCGUGGGAGAAGCAGCGGAGUUGAUGCCUGAAAGAUGGACUCUGGAGGACGAAGGAGCCUUCGCAGGGCGAAAUGGGAUCCCAGAAGCGCCGGGACAGCACUCCACUCCAGCGGCCCUGACCCCGGAAAUCCACCACCCUGAGCGAUACAUUCUGAUGCGAAGCGAGCUGCUGGAGCGUUUGCUACGGCCCAACGAGGUGGCCGCCAAGAAGUUUGAGGCACAAGGCGCCAAAGCCGUGGCCCAGGCUCAAGUGCAAGGUUGCGGACAGACCAUCCACUCGGAGGAGAACAUGCUUGACGUCGACAUUUCGACCAUGAGCCCACAAGAGAAAGCCCAGUAUGUCGAUGCCCUCUUCCGUCAGUGGGACCCCACUCCGGACAGCUUGCGUAUGCUUACCAAUGAGCUGAAAAACAUGGGCUACCUGCAAGGCUAUGGAGCCUUCUCGACUCCGUCACCUUCGUUUCCGAGGCAAGCCUUCUACCGCAACGGGAGGUGGAAGGAGGAAGCUUACCACCAUCACCGUGCGCAGGCCGCCUCGUCGCAGGGUUGGAGCGCCACGUCCAGUCCGUCCGGUGCAAGAUGACGAGGCAGGCGAACCAGAGCGAGACCGCGAGGAACCGUGGGCUGAUAAAUUGAGGAGCGAGCUGAGUGGUGGGGCUCGUCGCGAGCUUCUUUGAAGUCCAACAACCCGUGGUGGAAACACCGUAACGGCCCGACCCAGGGUCUUGUUCUAUCUUAUUCUAUUCAAUUUACUGCUCUGGGUGGACUUGCUGGAC